UUAGGUCUCAUCUCCUAAUCCUCAGCACCCCGGGCCCUACUCUGCCCUCCUCCUUCCCCUCCCCCGUUCCGCAGCUUUCCGUUCGCUGCCUGCCCCGCCCCCGUUGCCCCUGGCGGCUCUUUGUUGACUUCCGGGAGCUGGGGCGCGCGCUCCCCCGCCGAUGCCUGGAGCCGCGGCAUGGGGUCCGUGGGGGCUGCCAAGGAGGAGGACGGGGCGCAGCCUUAGACCGGGCCGAGCCGCCCCCGACAUGGGGGAGCCCGAGGAGCUGGUGCCCGAUUCAGGUGCUGUUUUCACUUUUGGAAAAAGCAAGUUUGCAGAAAAUAUUCCCAGUAAGUUCUGGUUAAAAAAUGAUAUACCUGCAUAUUUAUCAUGUGGAGAUGAACAUACUGCUCUUAUAACAGGAAAUAAUAAACUUUACAUGUUUGGCAGUAACAAUUGGGGCCAGUUAGGAUUAGGAUCAAAGACAACAAUCAACAAGCCAACCUGUGUAAAAGCUUUAAAACCCGAAAAAGUAAAAUUUGCUGCAUGUGGAAGGAACCAUACCUUGGUGUACACAGAAGAGGGGAAUGUAUAUGCAGCUGGAGGUAAUAGUGAGGGGCAGUUGGGACUUGGUGACACUGAAGAAAGAACUACUUUUCACCUAGUCAGCUUUUUUACAUCCCAGUACAAGAUUAAACAGCUCUCUGCUGGAUCCAAUACUUCUGCUGCACUAACUGAGGAUGGGGACCUUUUUAUGUGGGGUGACAAUUCUGAAGGGCAAAUUGGUCUAGCAGAUGAAUCUAAUGUGUGUGUUCCUUGUCAAGUGGUCAUUGGAAAACCUAUCUCCUGGAUCUCUUGUGGAUAUUACCAUUCAGCCUUUGUAACUGCAGAGGGUGAACUCUACACAUUUGGAGAACCAGAGAAUGGAAAGUUAGGUCUGUCACCUGAGCAACUGAAAAAUCAUAGAAUUCCCCAAUUGGUUCUUGGAAUUCCUGGGAAGGUGAAUCAAGUGGCUUGUGGUGGAGGACAUACAGUAGCUUUAACAGAGGAAGAAGUAUAUACAUUUGGCCUUGGACAGUUUGGUCAAUUAGGUCUUGGCACUUUUAUAUUUGAAACCCCAGAACCAAAGGUUAUUAAACAUCUUCAGAAUCAGAAAAUACAUUACAUUGCAUGUGGGGAAAACCAUACAGCUUUAAUAUCAGAUACAGGCCAUAUGUAUACUUUUGGAGAUGGUCGACAUGGAAAAUUAGGACUUGGACAGGAAAAUUUUACUAAUCAAUUUGUACCCACGUUGUGCUCUAAUUUUUUGAAAUUUAUAGUCCGUCUGGUUGCUUGUGGUGGAUGCCACAUGCUAGUUUUUGCUACUCCAAGGCUCAACAAAUCUGAAGAAAUUACGGAAGAAAAAGUAAACGAUAGUGGCUUGACUGUAGUUUCUUCUCUUGGUGAUGAUCAGCCUUCAGGAAACACCUUGCAGAGAACAUUAUCUGCAAGGUCACGAAGAAGAGAAAGGGAAAAUUCACCAGAACAGCACGGUCGAAUGAUAAGAACUCUACCCCCAUUGGACGUUCCUUUCAAACCACCAGUACAUGCCUCUGGCAGUACAGUCUCUCUCAGGUUCCCUAUAAAUAAUCAUCCUGAUGCAAAUACAAGUAAUGAAAUUGAAAACCUACAAUUGUCUGAAGCAGAUGAACUAACUCAAGAGAAAGAAAAAAAUAGUUCUUCAGCAGAAGAGUCAGAACCUGAAAAUGAGCAGAGAAGCCUUGGAGAUACUACUGAUGUUCUAAAUAUGACACAUAUGAUGAGCCUAAAUCCCACUGAUCAAUCUUUAAGACUAUCACCAAUUCAGAAACAAAAGAAUCUUGAAACAACCGAGACAGAGAAGAAACAUGAAUUUUAUACUGAAAACAAUUCUGAGACUGAAUGUGAAAAAGUUAGCGAAGUUGAAGAGAUGUCAGAAACAAGCAAAGAGGGGCAGACAGAGAAUGAGUCUUUGGAGGAGGAGGAGGAGAUGCUUAUGAAGGAAGCAACAGUAGCUAAGCCACUUUCAGCCAAGCCCAUAAAUAGUGACCCAGCCCAGUUUGUACCAAAAGCAAACCCUGAUAAAGAAAUUUCAAAGAAAGAGACACUUAAAAAUGAAGAUGAGUUAAUCAAUAUUGGUGAGAGCUGUGAGAGAGUAUUGGAGGAGGAAAGUGAUAAAGGAAGUACUCUGAAGAAUUUAGAAACAAUAGAAAUAGCUUCUGACAAUGAAACAGAACAAGACACAAGUCAGCAACUAGAAAUGGAAGUUCUUAAGGAAGAAGGGAAGGGAGGAGAGGACUUAGAAAAUAAUGAUAAUAAAUCAUCUGAUGGUCCACAGGAGCAAGAUGAAAAGGAGGAACUUCCCCAGAGUGAACAUAGUGGGACAAGUGAAAUUAAAAUUAAAGAUGAAGAAAAUGAAGGCUUUGUUGAAGAACUUACAGAUGAGAAACAAGAUAAAAGCUCUGACAAUGAAAAAGAAUCUUUAGUAGAGUCAGAAAACAGCAAGGAGGGUGAAAAUGAUAGUGAACAGGAUGUGGUUGAGAAUGUUAAGCAAUCUCAGUCAAAUAAGGAGUGUUAUAAUGAAGAAAAAGAAGAUAGUGAAAAGAUAGAUGACCAGCUGUGUAACCUAGAAGGUAGUGAGCAAGAGAACGAGGAACAGGCUGAAGAGGAAAAAAUAGAAGUAGAUGCCAAGGAUGAUGGUGGAGAUGGCCAAGUGCUAGAGAUGCAGGAAGAAGAAAAGAUGGUGAAGGGAGGGGGGUCAGAGGAGGAAGAGGAGCAUGAAGAAGCUUUGGUUUCCUUAGAUGAGGAAAAUAUGGCUAUAAAUGAAGCAGAAGAGGAAGAAGCAGAGCCAGAGACAGGUGAAGGAGAGGAAAAUGCAGAGGUGAGUGAAGUAGAGGGAAAUCAGUGGGAAAUGGAAGGAGGGGAAGAUGAGCUGGAAACUACUGAGAAUAGAGAUGAAAGAGUAUGUGAGGAAGAGGGUCCUGAAGUCAACAAAGGACCAGAGUGGGGGAAGGAGGAAGAGGAGGAGGAGGAAGAAGAGGAGGAGGAAGAAGGGGAGGAGGAAGAAGAGGAGGAAGAAGGGGAGGAGGAAGAAGAGAUAGAUAAGAGAAAGAUAGAGAGAUUGGAUGAGGAAGAGGAAGAAGAGGAAGAGGUUUGGUGGGGGGAGGAAGAGGACUGGGAUAAAGGAGAGGUAGAAGAUAAAUUUAAGGAAAAUGAGGAAGAAGUAGAGGAAGAGGAGGAGGAAAAGGCUGAGAAGGGAGAGGAGGAGGAGUUGGGGGAGGAGGAAGAAGAGGAGGUGGGGGAAGAGGAGGAAAAAGAGUUAGAGAAAGAAGAGGAGGGGGGAGAGGAAGCUGAGGAGGAGGAAGAGGAAGAGGAAGAAGGGGAAGAGGAGGGGGAAUAUGAAGGAGAAGAGGAAGAUGAUGAAAGGGGGGGUGAAAAAGAAGACCAUGAAGAGGAGGGAAAGGGUGGAAAUGAGGAAGAGAAAAAGGUGAGUCAAAUAAAAUAUGACAAAAAUAAACUGUACCUAAGAAACUAUGGUACUAAGUCAGAGAUGAAAGACAAUAAUGUGCAGAGGUCUAAAAUGAAAUCACAGUCAAAGCACCAUUUGGUGAAUGGAUUAUCAGAUUCAAAACAAUUUUGGAAUAAUGUUCUCCCUCAUUACCUGGCACUGAGGUAGUGGAUUUGAAAUUCUGGUUUAAUAGUGUAGUAUUCUACCAAACAAGUUCAGAAUUUGGGGUUUUACCAACUAAAUCCUUAAUGCAAUGGUAAUUAAAUGGAUUCCAUUAUUAUUACUGGGGCCAACUUGGGGCUUUAGUAGAUUUUAUUAAAUAGUUAGAUAAUUAAAAUGUUAUUUUGCCUUUUAUGUAAAUUUGUAACAUAAUAUAAAGGUGAUAAUAAGUAGGUAAUUAUCCUUAAUGAGGAGGAAUUUAGGAAAUGAUUUAAAAUGUACAUAAUUAUUUGCCUAUACAAAUUAUCAUAAUUUUAAAGAGUAUACCUUAAGGAUUCAACAUUUUUUAAAAAUGUCUGAAAAUCUCAACAAAUUUUCUACCCUAGAUUUCAAUUUUGGAUUUGCCUGCCAUCUUUAUUGAUUUUAUGAAAACAUGGCAUUAAAUUUAAAACUCUAAUUGAUAAGGCAGAUUAUAAAGAAACAAGUACUAUCAUUUUAUUUUCUUAUAUAUUUAUAGGUUUCCAUUUCUAAAAUCCUUUAAUUAUUUUCUUUUACAAAAGUCAUAGUUGCAUUCCUUCAUACUAAUCAAUAAAUCUUCUUUAGAGUAUUUUUUUUUCCAUUGAAAUGUGGCUUAAGAUUUGUGUUUAUUCACUGAGGGAAACAAUAAUUUGCACCAAGAAAAUAAAAAAUAAUCCUCAUUUUAUUAAUUUUAAUACAAGUGCACAAUACCUUCAAGAAAUAGUUGACUAGGGGGCAGCUAGAUGGCGCAGUGGAUAGAACACCAGCCCUGGAUUCAGAAGGACCUGAGUUCAAAUCCUGCCUCAGACAUAACACUUACUAGCUGUGUGACCCUGGGCAAGUCACUUAACCCUCAUUACCCUGCAAAAAAAGGAAAGAAAUAGUUGACUAGGGAUAAUGGAUUGGUUAUUUUCUGAGUAGUCACCAAACUGGUUUAAAUCUAUACUUGAUUUUAAAGAAAUAAUUUCUCUAAAUGUUUAGCAUUUUAAAAUAAUGUUAAUUUUCCAUGAAUUAUUGCUAUUAAUUUUAAUUGGGCAGAAUAAAGGUCUUUUGCUAUUUCGUAUUCUCCAACUAUCCAAACAUCUGUACUCUACUUCAUUCUCUGUUUAUUAUGUGUUCUCAAUAUAUUCUUCAUUGACUCCUGUAUUCUUCAUUUUUAUCUGCUUUUCAUUGGAAUGUUUCAAAUAAAACACUUGCUUAAAUUUGCAUAAUUAUUACUUUUUUUAAAAAAUAAGUUAAUUUGUAGAUUCAAUUUUAGCUAAGUAGCAUUUACACUAGUUAUUUUCAUUUUCCCUUAGUUGAACCAGGAUAUAUAACACAAUUCAGGUUAUUUGCUCUUAAUUUACUCCUAAUUCUUUUUAACUUAUCACUUUUCCUAUUUCUUCUUCAUUUUAUUUGAGAGGAAUUCUUGCUCUUUAAUAGGAAUUAUUACGGUGAGUGGACUUACUAUGAAUUUUGUGUAAAGCUUUCUAUGUAUGAGUCUUUAAAAAUUAGGAUAGAAUAAAUAUGUGGAUAAUGAUAUGGGUGAAAGAUUAAGGGAAAAGCAAGGUGAAGUUGCCAGAAGCAGAAUUACACGUUUCGACUGUGAUAAGAAUCACUUAUAUCAAAUCUAAAUUGAGUUGAAACAACCUAUAUAACAAAUUAUAUAACUAGACCAGUUUAUGUUUAUCUAUAAUUGUAAUGUAACAAAACAUCAAACAUUAAGUAACCAGAUUCAAUAGUAAAUUUUAAAAUUCUGUUACAUGCCAUAGUUCUUGGAAAAGGUGCAUGACAAUUUGGACUCAACAAAAGGAAACCCACUAGAUGGGUAUGUAACUGAAUAGAGUUCAUACUCAGUUGAUAGACAUGAAUCUAUGCCUGCUUCCUUUUGGUUCAUUCCCACCAAAAUAGCUACACACUAAAUAAUAAGUAUUCACAUGAGCAGAAUUUUUGGAGGAAAAUCACUUAGUCUACAAUAUAGUCUCAGCUUUGACUUUUUUUUUUUUUUUUUUUUUUUUUUGCAGAGC